AUGACGUCCGUAUUACUUAUUGGCAGUGGAGGACGUGAACAUGCAAUCGCAUGGCGCCUUAUGAAAUCCAGAUUAGUGAAGAAAGUUUGGAUUGCACCGGGAAAUGGAGCAGAUUUCCCAGUUCCGGACAUCAAUGAGAAAAACGCCGAUGACGUUGUAGCAUUCUGCCAUCUAGUAGAUGUGUCACUGAUCAUCAUAGGCCCUGAAGGUCCUCUAGCCGAUGGAUUUGUGGACAGAAUACACGGUCGAAUCCCCGUGUUUGGUCCUACAAGCGCCUCGAAAAUCUUCUCAAAAACGUUUAUGCGUGAUUUUGGGCUGCCAACAGCUAGAUUUGCACAAUUCAAUGAGAUUAAGGAUGCUACAGCUUUUAUAAAUAAGUGCGAUUGGCAAGGUAUAGUCGUGAAAGCUGAUGGGUUGGCUGCAGGUAAAGGUGUAGUAGUGGCAGAGACCAAGAAAGCAGCAGUUGCAGCUGCAGAACAGAUGUUGGAGGCCUCGAAAAUCUUCUCAAAAACGUUUAUGCGUGAUUUUGGGCUGCCAACAGCUAGAUUUGCACAAUUCAAUGAGAUUAAGGAUGCUACAGCUUUUAUAAAUAAGUGCGAUUGGCAAGGUAUAGUCGUGAAAGCUGAUGGGUUGGCUGCAGGUAAAGGUGUAGUAGUGGCAGAGACCAAGAAAGCAGCAGCUGCAGCUGCAGAACAGAUGUUGGCGGUAGGUUUGGUGUUUGUAGAAAAAUACCCCGGUCAAUUUGGCACGAGCAGUUCCCGAAUAUUACUUGAGGAACGACUCUAUGGAUACGAAAUUUCGGCUCUUUGUUUUACCGAUGGGUUCACAAUAGCUCGCAUGCCGCUUAUUCGAGAUCACAAGAGACUUUUGGAGAACGACAAAGGGCCAAAUACGGGCGGAAUGGGCGUUGUUGGACCAGUUGCAGUUCCGGAUACGAUAAAUCAGCAAAUUGAUAGCAUUUUAGAAGAUACUAUAGCCUCACUCCGUAAGAAGGGCAUUGUCUAUAAGGGUAUGUUCCUGGAGAAUUUUUGUUUAGUUUUAUAG